GGUUGUUGCUUAAUUCAAAAAAUGUCCAACUAUUGAAGAUGUUUGUACAGCCUCAAUGCAGCAUUGUGUGCAUUAGAAUUAAAACUACCAUAUAAACUUGUUUGUUUUUGCACUUCAAGGGGUUUGAAUAUAUGAAAAAAGAGGGAGAGUGCUGUGGAACAUGUAGACAAGUGGCCUGUAUUUAUGAUGCACAAGACAAAACCAGACAUGUUCUCAAGGAUGGAAACCAGUACAAUUUCAAAUGCAUGAAUGCUACAUGUCUGAAAAGAAAUGGCAUGUUUAUGACGAUGGAGAGCUAUAAACAAUGCCCGCCAUUUAAUCCAGAUGACUGUGUGCCUGGAACAGUGCAAUUUGACAAAGAUGGAUGCUGCCAGAUCUGUGAAACCAGCAACUGUGUUCGCGUGAAGAACGUCACCCGUCUGCAUGUCAAGGACUGCAUUUCCAUCGAAGAUGUAGAAGUUGCAUCCUGCACUGGCCACUGUGAUGACGGUUCAAGGUAUUCUAUGGAAAAGAACACCAUGAUGCACAACUGUUCUUGCUGCCAGGAGGAUAAAUUCAGCCUUCAGCAGGUGAUACUGCAGUGUGCCAAUAGCAGCAAGAUCCCUCAUGACUACAUUUACAUUGAGAGCUGCAAAUGCACUCCAACCAAGUGUGAAGAAUAUACUGAAAAAAAGACCCCUGAACAAUUUAAGGAACAGGAGUUGGAAGAAAUUAGGGCACGUUUAGGUGAAAGAUACCAUAGACGAGAUCGUGACGACUACUAUUUACAGAAAAAAGGUUAUAAGGGACGGCACUGAAAUGAUCAAAAUACUGUUAAAAACCAAUAAAAAACCCAAAUUAAUAACAAACUGACAAGAAACAUUAUUAUUUAGACAAUUUAUACAGUAUAUAUCAAAUUUCAAGUAUCACAUAGGGAGCUGCGGGAAUGUCAGUUUAUGGUUUCUCACUGUUAAUUAUAGAUGUCUUGUUAGAUCCAGUACAGUUUUUUUUUUCAUAUAUACUGUAGUAAGGGAACAUGCCAUUAACCAAUUACCAGGUUUUAACAUGUAAUUUUUGUAUUUUUUUACUUCAAAAAUACACCAUAGAACAUCUGUGUAUUAAGAUCUGUUGAUCUAAGAAAUCAAAAAUGUUAAAAUAUACAACCGAAAGUGAUGUUGAUUGAAGCUGAUUGUUGUAGUUCAUUAAUGGAUUUUAUUUUCUUUUUUUUUCUUUUUUGGCAAAUAUUGCAUUAAUAUUAUUAUUUUUAUUUUAUUUUUUGUGAUUUGAUCUAAGGUUACA